GGGAGCGGCGCCAUCUUGGGGUCGGGGCCGGGAUCUUCGGCCCCUCAACCUCGGUCCUAAGCGAGGGGUAGCGCAGCGCUCCGGUGGGUUCGUCGCUCUUCUCCAUCCAGCUGUGAGCCAUGCACGUAGCGGACUUUGACUCGUCAGACGAAGACGCCGCCGAGGAAGGGGAGGGGGAGCAGGCGGCGCCGCUGCCGCUGUCCUGGCUUCCGCUGCCUCCUGCCUACUCCUCUGCGUUCCUGGCUGUGUGUUCCCUGCCAGGUUGCAGGUUUAAGGACAUUAGAAGGAACCUUCAGAAAGAUAUCGGUGAGUCUUCUGUUCAGAGCCUGAUUGCCUCUCAUUGCCAUGGAAUGGACGAACUGAAGAGCUGUGGGACACAGGACGUGUUUGUGCUUUGUACCAAAGGAGAGCUCUUAAAAUACCGAGUACCAAACCUUAUAGAUGCCUACCAAGAGCGUGGGAUCUGUGUGCACCACUAUCCUAUUCCAGAUGGAGAUGCUCCUGAUGUCACCACCUGCUGCACAAUUCUGGAAGAGCUCAGAAGCUGCCUGGAAAGCAACAGGAAGACAAUCAUCCACUGUUACGGUGGCCUCGGACGCUCCUGUCUCAUAGCUGCAUGCCUCCUGCUUCAGCUUUCGGAUGUGGUGACACCUCAGCAAGCAAUAGACAGCCUCAGAGAAUUAAGGGGAUCUCGGGCAAUACAGACAGUCAAGCAAUACAAUUAUAUCCAUGACUUCCGAGGGAGUGCAGCUGCACAGCUGGAAGCACGGGGUGCAGUGCAGAGGUCGGUGUCCCGGUGAACGUGUGCUGGAGUGGCUUUGUCUGCGUGGCUGUGGCAAACACCUGGACAAGGCAGCUCAUCCCAACCUCAGUACCUGCUUGUUGCUGCUGCCUCAGUGCCACUGCUGCUCGCUUUCAGAUGCGUGUCAAGUGUUGGGGCUGGAGGCAGGAAUCUUGAUGGACGUAGAGUUUCUGCAUCUUUUUAGCAAUCCUUUGUACUCACUGCCUUAAAAUGCACUGAACUGUUUUGUGUUCA